AUGGCUCGGAGGAGGGCGUCGGGCUGCUGCUGCAGCCCCGGAGCGCCGGUGAACGAGGACAACGCUCGCUUCUGCCUGCUGGCCGGCCUCAUCCUGCUGUACCUGCUGUGCGGCGCCGCCAUUUUCUCGGCUUUGGAGCAUCCCUUCGAGAUCCGCGCCCGCCUCCUCUGGAAGCAGCAGCUGGACAACUUCACCCGGAGGUACAGGGUCAACCUGGGGGCCCUGCACACCCUCCUGAGGCAGUACGAGGAGGCCAACGGGGCCGGGAUCCGGGUGGACACGCUCAGGCCGCGCUGGGACUUUUCCGGAGCGUUCUACUUCGUGGGCACGGUGGUCUCCACUAUCGGUUUCGGCAUGACCACGCCUACGACCAUAGCGGGAAAAAUAUUCCUGAUCUUCUACGGUCUCAUUGGCUGCGCCGCCACCAUCCUCUUCUUCAACCUCUUCCUGGAGAGGAUCAUCACGAUGUUGGCCUACAUCAUGCGCUGGUGCCACGAGCGCCGGCUGCGGUGCGGCGGGGUGAGGGUGGUCUCCAGCAGGGAGGCGUCCUCCGGCGAGGAGGAGGACAGCCUGGAGGGCUGGAAGCCGUCGGUGUACUACGUGAUGUUGAUCCUGGGCGUGGCGUCCGUGGUCAUCGCGUGCAGCGCCUCCACGCUCUACAGCUCCAUGGAGAACUGGAGCUACGUGGACUCGCUCUACUUCUGCUUCGUGGCCUUCAGCACCAUCGGCUUCGGGGACCUGGUGAGCAGCCAGAGGGAGCAGUACGACUCCCAGGGGGCCUACCGCCUGGGAAACUGCCUCUUCAUCCUGAUGGGGGUCUGCUGCAUCUACUCCCUCUUCAACGUGAUCUCCAUAGUCAUCAAGCAGACGCUCAACUGGAUCCUGAGCAAGCUGGUCUGCUCGGGCCGCCACCGGCUGUGUUCCUGCUCCACGCGGGGCUGCUGGUGGCUCUGCUGCCCCUGUCUCCAGGGACAGAAACGCAACCACCUGCCCGCCCACCUCCGGUCCCAACGCGCCCGGCGCAACAAGGUCCGGCCCGCCUCCUCCCACUGCCCGGCGGGCCGCCACCGCUACAGGGACGGCUCCGUGGAGACGGUGUGCGACAGCGAGACGGACGCCGGCGGCGGCGCCGUUGCCGAGGUGCACGCGGGCCGGCGCCUGUCCGGGGAGAUGAUCUCCGUCAACGAGUUCAUGGCGUCCAACAAAGUGUCCCUGGCUCUGCUGCAGAAGCAGCUGAGCGAGACGGCCCAUCAGGGCCCGCGUCCCAGCUACGGCCACCAGAACGGAUUCUCCGGCGGGGUGGGGGCGCUCGCCAUCAUGAACAACCGCCUGCAGGAGACCAGCGUGGACAGAUAG